AUGACAAUAUUGUUCCUCCUCAUCGCGUUCUCGGCGCCCCAUACAUAUGCUGAUGAUAUAUCGCACAUCAUUGAAGAGGUGUUUCACUCCUCGGUUGCAAUAGAAGUAGAGGAAUGGCACCAUGAUAGCCCCUAUAAAACGCAGUAUACAAAUAAGCAACAGUACAGUGGCACGAAUGACUAUGACCAUUCUCGAGUUAUCACCGGUUCGGGGACAAUUAUUCACAAAAAACAUUCUCGCUACUAUGUGCUUACAAACCAUCAUGUUGUGGAACGGGCACAGAGAAUACUGCUUGUGUUGUGCAAUGGUGAUAUACAUCUUGGGCACAACUUCCGAUCCGACGAGGGAAAUGAUUUAGCAAUAAUUAUAUUCGAUAGCACAAAAAACAUCCCUGUUGCAGAUCUACACUAUGAUUACCAACCACUUGUAGGGGAAGAAGUAUAUUCUGUUGGUAAUCCCAUGGGUUUUUUAUUCUCCGUUACCCAGGGCGUUGUAUCUGCAAUACAUAAAACAUCCUUCGAGAAGAAGAGCGCGCUGUAUUUUCAAACAGAUGCAGUCAUAAACCCAGGCAGCAGUGGUGGGAUAGUAGUAAACGCAGAAGGGAAAUAUAUCGGUGUAAGCACAUUUAUUAUUACGCAGGCCUACAUUCCCUUUGGUGGAUACAUUGAAACGGGGGUGAAUUUUAUAUUUUCCUUCUAUAAUGCUAAGAAAAUAAUCGAUGCUUUAUUACACGGAAGCUCAAAUGAACACGCUUGGAUAGGAUACACAUACAGCCCCCUUACUUUUGAGGUGAUAACAGAUCUAGCAAUGGAAGACGGAAAUGCUGUUAUCAUUGAUAAUAUAUAUACUUCAAUCCCUAGAACCGAGAACGCUUUACAGCUUGGUGAUCUUGUUUUUUCGGUCAAUGGUACAGCAAUUGAAAAAAUGCCGCACAGCAAGAUAAGCAUAAUUUUACCACUGAUAAGUGCUAUGCAAACUACGGAUACAGCAACGCUUACCAUACUUCGCCAACGCAAGAAGCUCACCAUUGACAUACCCGUACAUCGAAGACCAGAGACAUUACAAACACUCAGCUACUCAGUAUGGCCUGGGUAUAGAGCAAGCCCAUUACCUCGACUACUGAAGCAAAACUAUGGACUUUCCAAGCAAGAUUUUGCUCAUGAAAUUAUUGAAGUGUACCCGCAUUCCUCUGCUGAUGCAUCGCUCCUCCAGCCUAACGAUAUCAUCAUUGGGAUAGAUGAUCAAGAAGAGCUUUCUUAUGCAGAGUACUUCUCACUACUGCAUCAUGCCUAUCUAAAAAAAGAAGAACUUACACUGCAUAUUAUACGAGAAGGGAAUACUCGCAUACAUAUAACACUCUCUCCCCCAAGCAAUACACAACAUACUUCUCGAUACAAGCAAAAUGAAAGAAAACAUACAAGCAAUGAUAUAUACAGGGAUAGCAAAAAUGUAUAUUAG